AUGGUAAUUAAACGAAAACGCAAUUCGAAUCCAACUGCUCCAGUUUCGGUCCCUGAGACUAAGUCGGAAGAGACUACAACGAACAGCUCUACAAGUUCUAGUAAGGUUGAACGUCGAGGGCGUCCACGAAAAUUCUCUGAAUCAGCAGAAGAACUUCCGAAUGAAAAGCCAUCUAAAUCGUCUCGUACAGGUGAAACUUUAAAAAUAAUCUCUUUUAACCCAAAAGGAGUCGGGACUUCGAGUAAAGGGAAAGAAAAAGACGUCGAAUCUGUUAAUUCUGAGCCUACUUCUGACGAGCAACAGGCUGAAAGUUUUGUCACUACUGGGCAAGAAGCCUUGACAUCAUCUCCUUUAUCUCAACAAUCAACGCAACAAACUUUAUUACAAGAUUCGUCAACUUUAUCAGGUAAUGAUACAGAAAAAUCCAAAAAUACCCGCCCUCGUAAAUGGACACGCAGAAAAGUAGUGAUAAAAACAACCGGUGCUGAAAUUGCUAUACCUGUUUGGUAUUCUACUGAACCUAAACGGUUGAACAGUCAUCAUGAUAUGUCAUUUUAA